ACCCGCCCGAACAGACCACCACUACGCAGAAUUCCAUCCACACCACCCCGCGCUCGGACUCAACACCUAUCACAAAAGCGAGACUGGCUCUCGCCCACCACGAUGCCCUACCUCACCACCUCCCAGGAAUACCUGGAGCAAUCCGCCCUCCUCCUCGAAGCGUACCCUGACUCGCGCAUCACAACAAAAUACAGCUUCCCAAGCGAACGCCCCUCAGAAAAGGCGCACCGCGCCAAGUCCGCCGCCCGCAAAGGCGACGCAACCACAGAGACCAGCACAGCGCCCGUCGCAGCGCUAGAGCUAAAGACAUUCAAUGCCGAAGCAGGCAUCUGCCUGAAGUACCGCACGAACAAGGCUGCCGAGGUCAGCCGGCUGAUGACCGGGCUGGGGAAGCUUGCUAGUGGGGCGGACGUGGCUAGUUUGGGGGUGUCGGGGACUGCGGAUGUGGAGAUGGUUGAUGCGCCUGCUGUCGAGGAGGUGAGUAAGGGGCAACCGCAGGGGCAGCAAGCACAAGGAGGGAAGGGGAAGAAGAAGGGUGGGAAGGGGAAGCGAUGA